UGUGCCUGAUGAAUCGUUCUUCACAUACAUACAUACUUUGCGUGGGUCGGAAAGCUCCUCAACUUUGGUUUGCUAAUAUGAUGAAUGUAUAACAAGUCAGCCUUGAUCCCUUUUCAAGCUAGCUCUAAAGUUCACGUAUCGCCUCGUCGCUUCCGACGCUCAAAGGUCUCACGCUUUUCGGUUUCUCACAAACGAUCCUGUGCUAUACUCUGCAUCGCGCCCUCCCGUCGCAAACUUUCCAGAGGUUCUCCCUGUAGCCACAACACAGAACUCGCCGAUCCGCCACUUGGCAGUCCACGUCAGUCCUCGGAGCCGACCCAUCGCCUCACGAUGCCGGUUCCCAGUCUCUACGAGCUUGCGAGGCAUCGCCUCAUUAGAAAUAUCGACAUGCUGAACGAUAUCGGCGAUAUACCUUUUUCGUUCCUUGAGCCUGUGCUUCGUCACAUCCAAAACCCCAAACAGCUGCAAGAGUUAGAGGAGACCUGCCCACAGAUUCAAGGAGAGACGAAGGAGAUAUGGAAACGAUACAUUAGAAGAGAUGUUCCCGACUGGGAGAGGAAGCCACACACCCCGCGCGACGAUAAGAAUUGGAGCAAGGUGUACAGGAAGCUCAUGAAAGACGUGGAAAAGGAGAAGCUCGACCAGGAGAAUCAGCUCAAGGAGUCUAUGAGAGCGCUUCAAGCGGGCAGAGAUGUGAACAAGACUGUCAUAAUGACCACAAAUAAGAGCUACGGGCGAACCGGUGGUCACUGGUCGAUGGGCGGCAGGGAUUUCGGGCGAACCGCGCCGCCUACAAAAACAGGCAAGGUUGCCAUGGAUAAGCUGAAGAGGGGAAUGUUUGACCGCAACCAAGCUCGAACUAGGGCGAUUCAAACACCACAGCAUCAACUUGCAAUGCGGAAGAGCAUGGUGUCCGCCAUCCCAGAACGACUGGUCAGAAUGGCGCAGCAAGAGACCCCAAAAGUCAUGGUGCUUUCCAAGCAAGCAUCUGCCUCUGCCGCGGAAAAGCGGGCACCCAGGCCGGCCUCCAGUCAGCAGAACAUCAAACACCGACCAGCAGCAGCAGCCUCGCCGCCAGAAAGCGCGACACAGUCUCGGCCGUCACUACCACCUGGUCGGCAGUUCAACGCGCCCAAACUCAAGGCGACCGCGCAAGGCGCUGGGGCAGCAGUAGCGCCGAAGAGGAAGAGGGAAUCUAACUUGUUUCAACCAUCUAAGUACCGGAGGGCGUAAGGGCUCGGUGUCUUACUUAUGCGAGCGAAAUGUUGCAAUAUGGACAACAUGAAUUGUGCGUUAGCGUUUUGGAUCUUGCGUGGAUGUCGAUGUUUUUGACACCUCCACUGGCAUUACGGGUCGUAUCAUUUGGCGUUAGGGAAAUCGGGUCAGCUUAACCGUAGAAUCAACGCACUGUGUGACGUUCGGGGACUGGUCAUUAAGAUACAACAAGACGAGCCGCUAAAUUCUAUGAGCCAGAGUUUACUUCCUACAUAUGCAUACAGUGUAACCGAGCUCUGUCUUGUCAACAAAGAGGCUGGUAUCGCGUGGCGUGACUGUGUCCAGUAAGGAACGGUAGAGCUUGUUUAAGCGUUGCUAAGCACCCACCUCUACAUCGGUGAGUGCAUUAUCACUCAGCCUGACGAAGCUUCCCCAAUCA